CUGCAAACCCGAUUUAUUGUGGAGGAAAUAUAAUAACAAUAAUAGCGAAUUAAUAAAUAUGAAUAAACUAAAAGUACGCAAUUUGUUUAUAACACUCGCCUACAUACUAAGUCUACUGAUCAUAAACAACAAAUUUCUAUUGGCGCACACUACCAAAAUUAUGUUAAUCGAAACUACUGUUAAACCAUUUUCCACUUGGCCCCCCGGUUGCUAUAGGGAUGAGAAGACUACUUGUGAUUGCUAUAGCGAUGUAGAGCUUAAGUGUAAAAUUGUCGACGGACUCAAUUCAAUUUCCAUCAGAUUUUAUAGAAACCAUCGAUAUCUGUUAGUUACGUGCUACACUAUAGACACAGGAACUAAUAUCGAUUUCCUACUUAAACGCAAAUUUCCGAAAAUUUUACUUGAAACACGUUAUAUCGGAGUGAACGAUUGCAAGAAUUUUACACACGAAAGCUAUAUCAAUGACAAAGUGUGGGUAACUCAACAAAAUAUGAAUGAGCUGAAUAAAGUGACAGUAAUCUUUAACAUUGACUUUAAUACAAAACCAACGGGAUAUUUUAGUACAGAAUGGAAAUUUACUCACCUGCAAUUGAUUAUUAAAUCAAAUCGAACUGAAAUCCGGGAAGCAGAUGUUAUAUACAUAUUCACUGACUCACUUGAUACGCCGCCACAAAUGGAAACGCUUACGCUCAGCGUACAAGGUCUAAGAAACCAAACCUUAUCGCUGCAAAACUUGACGCAAACAGUCUUUAAACACUUCACUAUGCUCCGACAGCUUGACUUAGCCGGAAAUAAUAUGAAAAUGUUGGAUGCAAAAAUCUUUGCAACGCUAACGCAAUUGAAUUUUCUGAAUUUGAGCCGUAAUGAAAUCCGAGAAUUGCCCGAGAGUCUGUUGGCAUAUCAGCAUCACCUUUUGAUACUGGAUCUGAGUCACAAUUUAUUGGAAUAUUUAACGCCACACCUUUUCAAUAACACACCUUGGCUAUGGCAGUUGAAACUUGCUGGCAAUCAUCUGCACGACACCGUAGAUCUUAUGGAGAAUCUGAAACCGCUGAAUUAUCUACAUAGGCUAGACAUAAGCCAGAACCAACUGCAAACCAAUUGGAGCACCAAGACGUCCGGCAAUAGAACACCAAAGUUACUGACAACUUUUCGACACAACAUGAGUUCGGAUUUAGUCGAGGUUCUUAAUUAUAUUACCAAGUUGCACUCAGAGAAUUAUGAAGAUGGCAAGAUUAACUCAACGAUAAUAAAUCUAAGUGGCAAUCGUUUGCGCGAAUUCACGUUGGAUUGGCUUGUAGCUGCGAACCUUAUAUGCCCUUUUGAAAUAAACCUAGAGCAUAAUAUGAUUGAAAACAUUUUUGCUUUACAAGAUCUCUUCGGUAUGACUGACGAUUGUGCACUCGAAAUCAAACUAAGUGGUCAUCGGAUCGCGUGCGAUUGUAAAUUGGCUUGGAUUUACAGGGAAAACUAUCGUUCGCUGUUCAAUGAUUUUCAGUGCAUUCAGACGUCAACCAAACAAGUAAAAAAUCUCGCGCAGCUGAAACGUAAUGAACUGUGUACUUGGGAACCUGUAAUGUGCCCCAGAAACUGCAAUUGUUACACACAAUUUGAAUUCCUGCACAUCAAUUGCAAGGGUGCGCAACAUAUCGAACAGCUCCCACGCCCCGAGCAAGUUGGGCUCAAGAGUUCGGUACUCGAUAUUAGCAAUAACAAUUUCAUUGAAUUGCCGCUAAACACCACCUUCGGCUACGAUAACGUUUCGCAACUCAACGCGUCCUCAAAUAAAAUCACGAACUUUAAUAUCAGUCAACUGCCAACCAAUUUGACGGUUUUGGAUCUACGAAAUAAUCGCUUAAAAUCUUUAGAUGAUGAAUUUUUGCGUAGAUAUCUCAAUGACAGCACAAAACUACUAUAUCUCUAUUUAAGUGAUAAUCAUUGGAUUUGCGACUGUUCCACGCAGCAGUUGGUGUACACCAUACGUAGACAUCAGACACGCAUACCCGAUGCCGACCAGUUACUCUGUUACUCUACUACUCUGCAGAACGAUACACUCCUAAUAGACAAUGUGAGAGAAAUGUGUCCAACUCCUGUUAAAGAUGAAUAUUAUCAAAACUUGAAUGCAACUGUGAUUAGUGUAGCGUCAACCAUUAUUAUUUUACUUUGCAUUAUCGCACUCUUUUAUAAAUAUAAAUUAGAAGUGAAAGUCUGGCUAUAUAGCUACAACAUAUUGAGAUUUUGCAUUAGCGAAUGUGAGCUGGAUAAGCAUAAAACAUUCGAUGCGUUUAUUUCAUAUGCACACCAGGAUGCAGACUUCGUCAACCAUACAUUGCUGCCGCAACUCGAACAGUGCGAACCACCAUUUCGUGUAUGCACGCACGAACGCAAUUGGCUGGCUGGCGCUUAUAUACCUGAACAAAUCAUCGAAUCGGUGGAACAGUCGCGUCGGACGAUCAUUGUGCUCUCGCAGCACUUUAUCGAGUCGGAUUGGGCGCGCAUGGAGUUUCGCACAGCGCAUCAAUGCUCGUUGAACGAAGGUCGUGCGCGCAUCAUAAUGAUUAAAUAUGGCGAAAUCACGAAAACGGACUUAUUGGAUAGAGAGCUAAGGGCAUAUUUGGCUAUGAAUACCUAUCUGGAUUGGCAAGAUGUCAGAUUUUGGGACAAGUUACGCUACGCCAUGCCACAUAAAGUGCGUAGAGAGAAGAGCUCCGAUAUGCUAAAAACUAACGGCAGAAUGUAUGUUAUAAGACAAGUUGAGGUGAAUCGUUUGCAUGAAGAAAUUCAUGUUCCGCGGGAGGAGAAAUUCCUUGCAGAUAUGACGAGAGAAGAUAUUGACGAGAUUCUUCUAGACCGAGAGCUCGAUGAUGACGAUUUGAUUGAAAUAGCUACGGAAGUAAUCGAAUCGGAAAAUGGCAGCGACACCGAUAUAGACGAGCAUCCAAUUAAAGCAGAGACGAUUAAGCAAGGUCUUAAACUUGCAGCAGAAUUGGAAAAUUAUUUUGUAGCAAAUGAUACUGACGCCGAACGUACACGAAUUUUUCAAAAAGAAUUGAGUCUCUGCAUGUUAAGAUAUAAAGAACUACAUCGCAAUUUAUUGGGUCCAAAAAGAAGCGUUCAAACAAAAUUAACUGAAUUUAUGGUUCAAACUCAGUCGGAGAUGCUAAGUCAAUCAGAACAUCAAUCCAUAGUUCUUACUAUUGAUUCUGAUACAAAUUCUAGUGAUAUCAGUGCCGGCCAUCAAAAUAAGCGGCUAAGAAUAAUUUCCACUAUGGAUAAUGAGAAUACAGAAACUAAUAUCGAUUUCCUACUAAAACGCAAAUUUCGAACAAUUUUACUUGAAACACGUUAUAUCGGAGUGAAAGAUUGCAAGAAUUUUACACACGAAAUCUAUAUAAAUGACAAAGUGUGGGUAUCUCAACAAAAUAUGAAUGAGCUGAAUAAAGUGACAGUAAUCUUUAACAUUGACUUUAAUGCAAAAUCACUGGAAUAUAUUAGAAUAAAAUGGACAUUUACUCACCUGCAAUUGAUUAUUAAAUCAAAUCGAACUGAAAUCUGGGAAUCAGAUGUUAUAUACAUAUUCAUUGAGUCACUUAAUACGCCGCCACAACUGGAAACGUUUACGCUCAGCGUACAAGGUCUAAGAAACCAAACCUUAUCGCUGCAAAACUUGACGCAAACAGUCUUUAAACACUUCACUAUGCUCCGACAGCUUGACUUAGCCGGAAAUAAUAUGAAAAUGUUGGACGAAAAUAUCUUUGCAGCGCUAACGCAAUUAAAUUUUCUGAAUUUGAGCCGUAAUGAAAUCCGGGAAUUGCCCGAGAGUCUGUUGGCAUAUCAGCAUCAACUUUUGAUAUUGGAUCUGAGUUACAAUUUAUUGGAAUAUUUAACGCCACAUCUUUUCGAUCACACACCUUGGCUAUGGCAGUUGAAACUUGCUGGCAAUCAUCUGCACGACAUCAUACAUCUUAUAGAGAAUCUGAAACCGCUGAACUAUCUGCAUAGGCUAGACGUAAGCCAGAACCAACUGCAAACUAUUUGGAGCACCGAUACGUCCGUCAAUAGAACGCCAAGGUUACUGACAAAUUUUCGUUACAACAUGAGUUUGGCUUUAGCCGACAGUCUUAAUUAUAUAACCAAGUUGCAACCAGAGAAUUACGAAGGUGGCAAGAUUAACUCAACAGUAAUAAAUCUAAGUGGCAAUCGUUUGCGCGAAUUUACAUUGGAUUGGCUUGUAGCUGCGAACCUUAUAUGCCCUUUUGAAAUAAACCUAGACCACAAUUCGAUUGAAAAUAUUUUUGCUUUACAAAAGACUGACGAUUGUGCGCCCAAAAUCAAACUAAACGGUAACCCGAUCGUGUGCGAUUGUAUAUUGGCUUGGAUUUACAGUGAAAACUAUCGUUCACUGUUCAAUGGUUUACAGUGCCUUCAGACGUCAACCAAACAAGUAAAAGAUCUCGCGCAGCUGGAACGUAAUGAAUUGUGUGCUUGGGAACCUGUAAUGUGCCCCAGAAACUGCAAUUGUUACACACAAUUUGAAUUCCUGCACAUCGAUUGCAAGGGUGCGCAACAUAUCGAACAGCUCCCACGCCCCGAGCAAGUUGGGCUCAAGAGCUCGGUACUCGAUAUUAGCAAUAACAAUUUCAUUGAAUUGCCGCUAAACACCACCUUCGGCUACGGUAAUGUUUCGCAACUCAACGCGUCGUCAAAUAAAAUCACGAACUUUAAUAUCAGUCAACUGCCAACCAAUUUGACGGUUUUGGAUCUACGAAAUAAUCGCUUAAAAUCUUUAGAUGAUGAAUUUUUGCGUAGAUACCUCAAUGACAGCACAAAACUACAAUAUCUCUAUCUAAGUGAUAAUCAUUGGAUUUGCGACUGUUCCACACAACAAUUGGUGUACACCAUACGUACACAUCAGACACGCAUACCCGAUGCCGACCAGUUACUCUGUUACUCUACUACUCUGAAGAACGAUACACGCCUAAUAGACAAUGUGAGAGAAUUGUGUCCAACUCCUGUUAAUGUUGAAUAUUAUAAAAACUUGAAUACAACUGUAAUUAGCGUAGCGUUAACCAUUAUUGUUUUACUUUGCAUUAUCGCACUCUUUUAUAAAUAUAAAUUAGAAGUGGAAGUCUGGCUAUAUAGCCACAACAUAUUGAGAUUUUGCAUUAGCGAAUGUGAGCUGGAUAAGCAUAAAACAUUCGAUGCGUUUAUUUCAUAUGCACACCAGGAUGCAGACUUCGUCAACCAUACAUUGCUGCCGCAACUCGAACAGUGCGAACCACCAUUUCGUAUUUGCACGCACGAACGCAAUUGGCUGGCUGGCGCUUAUAUACCUGAACAAAUCAUCGAAUCGGUGGAACAGUCGCGUCGGACGAUCAUUGUGCUCUCGCAGCACUUUAUCGAGUCGGAUUGGGCGCGCAUGGAGUUUCGCACAGCGCAUCAGUGCUCGUUGAACGAGGGUCGUGCGCGCAUCAUAAUGAUUAAAUAUGGCGAAAUCACGAAAAGUGACUUAUUGGAUAGAGAGCUAAGGGCAUAUUUGGCUAUGAAUACCUAUCUGGAUUGGCAAGAUGUCAGAUUUUGGGACAAGUUACGCUACGCCAUGCCACAUAAAGUGCGUAGAGAGAAGAGCUCCGAUAUGCUAAAAACUAACGGCAGAAUGUAUGUUAUAAGACAAGUUGAGGUGAAUCGUUUGCAUGAAGAAAUUGUUUAAAUUUGUCACACAUCCUUUGUGGUAAAGAAAAUUGU